AUGCAGGGCGGCGAGAACCACAGCCUCGGCAGCGACUUCACUCUGCUGGGACUCUUCUCCUCCCGCCAGGCCAGCCGGGUCUUCUUCCCAUUCCUAGUCUCCAUCUUUGUGCUGACGGUGACAGAAAACGCGUUCAUGAUCUCGCUCAUCCGCAGGGACCGGAGGCUCCACAGCCCGAUGUACCUCUUGCUCAGCCACCUGUCCCUCAUGGACAUCUUGCACAGUUCCAACAUCGUCCCCAAGAUGAUCGCCGACUUCCUGUCGGGCAGCAGGACCAUUUCGUUUGCAGGCUGUGGGCUUCAGGUGUUUCUGUCCCUCAUCCUGCUGGGCGGUGAGUGCCUCCUCCUGGCGGCCAUGUCCUGUGACCGCUACGUGGCCAUCUGCCACCCACUGCACUACCCCGUGCUGAUGAACGAGAAGACGGCCGUUUUCCUGGCUGGGGGUGCCUGGCUCGUGGGGCUCCUCAACUCCACGGUUCACACGGCUUCUGUUCUCCUUUUCCCCUUCUGUGGCUCCAGGGCCAUUGACCACUUUUUCUGUGAGGUCCCCGCCAUGCUGAAGUUGUCCUGUGCAGACACAUCGCGCUAUGAGCGCGGCGUCUUCGUGAGUGGCAUCAUCUUCUUGCUUGUUCCUUUCUGCAUGAUCUCUGCGUCGUAUGGCCGGAUUCUUCACACCGUGCUCCAGAUGAGAUCCUCAGAGGCGCGGAAGAAGUCCUUCUCCACCUGCUCCUUCCACAUGGUCGUGGUGGGGAUGUACUACGGGCCCUUUAUUUUCACCUACAUGCGACCCAGGUCCUACCACAGCCCCGGGCAGGACAAGCUCCUGGCCAUCUUCUACACCAUCGUCACCCCCACACUCAACCCUGUCAUCUACAGCUUCAGGAACAGGGACGUUCUGGCGGCAAUGAAAACCAUGCUUGGAAGUCACUUCCUGCGUGAGAAGUGA